AUGUCGAUAUCGGAGAAGACGAUUAUAACCAUGCCGGAGCCUGCCCUGGUCAAAAUGGAGUCUCGUUCUCCCACUACCAGCGAGUUAACCCUCGCCAAUGGCGACUCGGAUCUGGAGAAGUGCCUGUCCAAGGAGAUGGGUUCCGUCUCAACCGAAUCAGGUCAUGACCACAUCGACCUCGAGGCCCAAACACCCCUACCCCAAAAGAAGCCACUGGCCGGCUUGCGCUUUGCCCUCCUCACAAUCUAUCGAAGACUCUUUACCCUUGUCUUCCUCGCCAACAUUGGCGUCUUUGUGGCGGUCAUGCUUGCUGACCGCAAGCUGAUUGCCCUGGUCAAUGCAACGGCCGCUAACUUGCUGGCAUGUGGGCUGGCCCGUCAGCCAUUGGUUGUUAAUAGCAUCUUCUAUGUCGUAUGCUCAAUCCCUCGAUCCGCACCGUCUCCCCUGCGCCGAUUGGCGGCACAAGUGUACCACUAUGGUGGCGUUCACAGCGGCUGCGGAGUAGCUGCGCUAGUGUGGUACGUUGGGUUCGUCGGUGUCAUGUCGCACCAGUAUUGGACGCCAUCUCCGACUAGCGCAUCGGCUGUAAGCAUAUCAGCCGCCCCCGUCGCGGUGGCCUAUGUGAUUCUCAUACUGCUCUUGGCGAUCACCGUUGUGGCCCACCCCACGUUCCGCACCAAAUUCCAUGAUUAUUUCGAACUCAUCCACCGUUUCGCCGGGUGGCUUGUCAUUGCCCUGUUCCUGGUGCUGCUGCUGUUAUUCGCGCAUGAGUUCAGUUCUGCCGAGAAUCAGACCCUCGGCUGCUUUAUCGUCCGCCUCCCUGCUUUUUGGUGCCUCAUGGUUGUAAUUGUGGGUAUUAUCCAGCCUUGGCUUAUGCUCCGCAAGGUCCCGGUGGGGGCCGAGAAGCUCUCUGCCCACGCCGUUAGGUUGCAUUUCGACCACACGCCCACAAACUUUGGGCUGGGCGUCCAAUUGGCCAAGCAUCCCCUGCGAGACUGGCAUGGGUUUGCGACUUUUCCAGAUCAGGCCCCCCAAGGCACGCGCGGGAAACCCAGCUUCUCUUGCUUGGUGUCCAAAGCCGGUGAUUGGACGGCUGCCACUAUCAAUCAACCGCCCACACACCUCUGGAAGCGGGGCGUUUUAAUCUAUGGCUUUGCAUAUGCCAUGCGGGUUUUCAAACGAGUCAUUGUCGUGACCACUGGAUCGGGUAUCGGGCCCUGUCUUUCGUUCCUGGGCGAUAAGAACCGACCUGUACUGCGAGUUAUGUGGCAAACCCGUGCGCCGCUAAAGACAUACGGCCAGGGGGUCCUCGAUCUGGUUCAUCAAAUGGAUGAGCACCCCAUCAUCAUGGACACGAACAAGUUAGGCCGUAUCGAUAUGGUGCCAAUCAUUGCACGCCAGUUCAAGGAGUUUGAGGCCGAAGCGGUGUGCGUGAUCAGUAACCCUAUGCUGACCGGUCGCAUUGUUCAUGAGCUUGAAGCGCGAGGCUUCCCGGCGUUUGGCCCGAUUUUCGAUUCCUGA